UGACAAACUCGAUAACGCAUCUGUACACCAGCUAGUUGUCAUUCAACAGACCGAUCCUACAACCAUCCCCACUCUAGCGUCGCCGUGAUACCAAAGGAAUUGAUCCCACACUCUCGACCCCCUCUUUCCUCAACCCUUGUAAUGCCACCGAAAGCUCCCUCCAGCAAACGCGGAAAGGAGAAUGCGCCACCGAAAGUCAUCGCCACCAAGAUCUCGAGCGGUCUUGAGGACGACUUUGACAACAUGAUUGAAGAUGAACCCGUGAAGGCUGUUAAGAGGGGCGGGCGACCACCGAAGAGCACCAAAAAGGAGAGGGCUCUUUCCGAGAUGGUGGCCGACGGUGCGAUGGACGUCGAGGAGCAGGUCCAAUCAAGAACGUCUCCAAAUGUCAUUCAGGCGCUCUCGAAGUCCACCCGAAACGGCGACGAUCUUCAGCGAUUGCAAGCCAAGUGCGAACAAUUGGAGAAAGAACGCGACACUUUCGCAAAACAGUUCGAUGAGCUGUCCAGCUUGCGCGUCUCCGGAGCUGAAGCGCUGCUGGUCAAGUUCAAGGAGUCUGCAGAGGCCAGGGCCAAGGCGCAAACCGCGGUCAUUCAGAGCCAAGAAGCGCUUUACGAGAAACAAACCGCGAAAGUCAAGUCGCUGGAGGAAGCACUUGCCGCUUCACAGGAAGCGCUUGCACGGGCUGAGGCAGCAGCUGCUCCGCCAACGUUCGACGCAAAGCUUGAACGCAUGGAUCAACGUGCACUGCGGGACGAGGUGCACAAGCUGCGCGAUGUCGUCAAGACGAAGGAUGGAGAGAUUGCUGCACUUCAGCGCGAGUACCAGGAGGAGGUCGCACACUCGCGCAAACUGCAGGAGUCCGCUGCCCACAUGCGCCGCUCGGCCGAGCCGCCUGCGAAGCCUAUCGUGAACGAGGUCCACAGCCUCUCUGUGCGCCUGUACGAGGAGCUGACUGGCCUCGAUAUCCUUGACGCGCAGGUGCGGCAUGAUCCAAAAACGGGCGAUGAGCGGAUCUACAAGUGCAUCCAGACAACGGGUGGGCGAAACUACACAUUCCGGCUGUGCCUACGGAACGAGUUCGACAAGGGGCGUAAGCAAUGGGAGAAGAUCGUGCAAAUCGCUCCGCAAGAUAUGGACAAGGAGACGGACCGCAAGCUUCUCAAACGUCUCGGGCCGUUCCGAGAAGCGUUUGACAUCCCGCGUGAACAGCUCUUAGCAGCGUACGCACAACUCACGGCGCGCAUGGACCCGGAAGGGCAAUUUGAGGAGCCGGAGUAGACAGAGCUAAUAAUGUCACUAGGUACGUCGGGGAGGGCGCAAUGCAUCCUCUCGCAACCGCCGUGUCAAUCGGCGCGAGAGCCAGCUGACCUCGUGCUCGCUAAGCUUCGUGGAAUGGACUGCUCGCGUCCCUGUUUCUCACCUCUCUUAUCCUCUCUUCUCACAAGACAGCUUGCUGCAGCAUAUCAUGGUCAAGCGCGAGCGCUCUGAGUCCGUUACCCCUCCCCGUUCGCCGAGCCCCGAACCCGCCCCUCCCAAGAAGUCGCGCGCUAUCAACACGGCCAAAGGAGUUGGUAGCGCC